UUGAUGCAGAGGGCUUAUGUUUAUAAAGCCCAUUGGGUUGGAAAUAACUAGCAUCUCCAUUUGAUUAGUAAUUAGGGCCCAGGUCCACAAACUUUAGCAAGGGAGGGCUCCUUCUAAUGAUACAUACGAGGCAACUGAGAUUGGGUGGAGAGUUUUGAUAUUUGGUGAACUCUUGUUCUUAGUCUUUUAGGUUCUCUACUCCUCCGGCGGCAGCAAGCAUCAAUCGGUAUUGGGGGUUCUUCCUGUGGGUUCGCAAUCUCCUUACUCUCUUGAUUUUGUAUCUCCUUCUUAUUGUGUUUACAGAUUAGUUAGCUAUGGAUUUGUAUAUCUUUGCUGGAGAUUAGUUGUUGAUGUCUUGUUUUGGACGAUUGAAGUUAUCUAGUAGUAGCCAUCUGUGGCAUUUCCUUGAGGUGAUUUGUAGUUGGCUUGAUCUGCUGGUUACUUGUAUUUCUGUUAUUUUGUGGAAUUGGCCAGCACUUACGGGAGCUGCAUCAAGUUCAUAUUUGAAUGGUAGAGUCAAUUGCAUAUUCAAUCUAUGUUCCGAAUUUUGUCAUAUUCCUUUACGUAAGGCAACCAAGUUCUUGCUUCCUCUAUUUUAUGACCAAUCAUGGACCAGACGGAGUAUCAAAGAAAAUGGGAUGACUCUUUUGUGGUCAACAGCCAUGAUUCCAGGAGCAAGGCCUCCUCCAUGCAAUCAAUUUAGUGACAGUUGUGAAUCUCCGACAAUGUCCCAACUUCUAGUCUUAUAUAUUUGUUUUGGAAUCAUGUCAGUGGGAGCCGGAGGUAUAAGGUCAUCUUCCUUAGCCUUUGGGGCAGAUCAGUUGGUUAAUAGAGAAAAAAGGAAAAGUUCGAGAACUUUGGAGAGCUACUUCAGCUGGUACUAUUUUUCUGUAUCAGUUUCUGUAAUUGUUGCACUCACUUGUGUUGUGUACAUUCAAGAAAACCUGGGGUGGAAGGUUGGUUUUGGAGUCCCUGUGGUGCUCAUGUUCUUCUCAACUCUUUCUUUCUUUUUGGCUUCUUGCUGGUAUGUCAAGUUGAAAGACAAAGCAAGUUUGGUCACUGGGUUUGCUCAUGUUCUUGUAGCCUCUUAUAGGAAUAGGGAUAUCCAGCUAUCAGGCCUUGUGACUGAUGAAAUGUAUUAUCACGGGAAGGAAUCAAUGCUUCAUGUACCAAGCGAGAAACUAAGAUGUCUAAACAAAGCAUGUGUCAUUAGAAAUCCUCAUGAGGAUUUGACCCCUGAUGGCAGUGCUUCAAAUCCAUGGAUUCUUUGUACUGUCGAUAAAGUAGAAGAGCUAAAAGCACUAAUCAAAGUAAUCCCAUUUUGGUUUGCAGGAGUCUUGAGGUUUGUUAAUUUAAGUCAAUCCUCUUUUCUAAUACUCCAGGCAUCCUCCAUGGAUCGACACAUUACUUCAAACUUCGAGAUCCCUGCAGGCUCCUUUUUCGUAUUUUAUGUUCUCUCUCUAGCAGCAGCAGUUGCCCUCUACGAUCGUAUCAUCCUCCCCUUGUCAUCAACAAUCAAAGGGCGACCAGUUCGUCUCAGCCUGAAAUGUAAAAUGGGGGUUGGAAUUUUUCUCUCUGGCAUGUCCAUGGCAGUACUUGCUGUUGUAGAGUAUAUUCUGUGUUCAAUCGCAAUGCAGGAAGGAGCUUCAGAUAGAACACAAGCAGUUGGGCACAUGUCCGCAAUGUGGCUAGUGCCGCAUUAUGUGCUGCUUGGCUUGGCUGAGGCCUUUGUCGCGAUCGGGGAGAACGAGUUCUUUUAUUCAGAGUUGCCCAAAAGCAUGUCAAGCAUUGCUUCCAAUAUUUCUUUGUUAGGAUUGGCUGUUGCAAACUUGUUAGCAAGUUUCAUCGUGAAUGUGGUCGAUACAAGUACCAAAACAGGAGGAGCAGGGAGUUGGGUUUCAAGCGACAUCAACAAGGGCCACUAUGAUUACUAUUAUGGGAUUCUUUUUGUACUGAGUAUGGUUAAUUUUCUCUAUUAUGUUGUCUGCUGCAAGGCUUAUGGUCCCUGCAAAGGGGAAAGCAAUCAUAAGGAUUUAGCAUUUGAAAGAGUAGGUAGUGAAGGAGAUCAUUUGUAAUGAUAUUUUCUUAAAUAUGCAAGGAAAAUAAAGUAUAUUC